AUGUCUACUACUGGAGGAGCAUUCAUUGCCGGCGGUAUCGCGGCAUGCGGUGCGGUCACCGUCACUCACAGUUUCGAGACGGUCAAGAUCCGCUUACAAUUGCAAGGUGAAUUGCAAUCCAAGAAUGAAGCCGUGAAGAUGUACAAGGGCCCCCUGCAUGGUGUCAAGGUCAUCCUGCAAAAUGAGGGACCACGGGGUCUGUUCCGGGGUAUCGGAUCCGCUUAUGUGUACCAAAUUCUGCUUAACGGCUGCCGUUUGGGCUUCUACGAGCCCAUCCGCUCGACCCUCACAUCCGCCAUCUACAGCGAUCCCAAAGUUCAAGCUCUCAGCACCAACAUCGUCGCAGGAGCUGCUUCAGGUGUUAUCGGAGCCGCUGCGGGAUCGCCCUUUUUCCUUGUGAAGACCCGCCUCCAGUCAUACUCGCCCUUCCUCCCGGUUGGCACUCAGCACCACUACAAAAACUCGAUUGAUGGAUUAAGUAAGAUUUACAAGAGCGAGGGUAUCAGGGGUAUAUACCGUGGUGUCGGUGCUGCCAUGAUCCGUACCAGUUUCGGCAGUGCUGUCCAGCUCCCCACAUACUUCUUUGCCAAGCGCCGUUUGACCCGCCACCUGGGUAUGGAGGAGGGUCCCGCUCUGCACCUGACCAGUAGUGCUGUUUCUGGCUUCGUCGUGUGCUGUUUCAUGCACCCUCCUGACACGAUCAUGGCUCGCCUGUACAACCAGACUGGUAACCUGUACGGAGGUGUUUUUGACUGCUUGCUUAAGACCAUCCGCACUGAAGGUCCCCUUGCUAUUUACAAGGGCUUCUUUGCCCACCUGGCCCGCAUUCUGCCCCACACUAUUUUGACUCUCAGUCUGGCGGAGCAGACCAACAAGUUGAUGCGCCGUGUGGAGGAUCGGGUUCUCCCCGACUCUUUCCGUGAAGGAAUCUAA